AUGUCCGACGCCAUCCCGGCUGAGAUUGCCAACGCCAACAAAGGCCCUGGCAUCCUCGCGAUUAUCAUUCCCGUCUCCAUCUUCAGUACGCUCUUUACCGCCGCCCGCCUCUGGGUUCGAGGCAAGAUCCUGCGCCAGUUCCACGCCGACGACUGGCUUAUUGUGGUAUCUGUGAUAUGCUGCUGGAUCUCCGUGGCUUUGGCCGUCAAGGCCAUUGAUAACGGCAAUGGCCGUCACCUUGUCACCCUCAGCCAAGAAGAGCAAGAGGGUGUUGUCUUCUGGACCCUAGUCGGGUUUCCAUUGGGUAUCCUAUCCUUCGGUAUCCCAAAGCUCGCCGUCGUUGCUGUCCUUACGCGCAUUAUGAGUCCCGGACGGACACAUACCAUUAUCCUCUGGACCAUGGCCGGCAUCUGCAACGUCCUUUUGGCCCUCAACGCCGUCUUCUUGCUGGGGAGGUGUGUUCCCGCAGAGUCCCAGUGGAACUUUGACAUCAAGGGAAAGUGCUGGGAUCCCCAAAUCCUGGUUCGGUACGCUAUCGCAACGGGAGUAUUUUCCGCUGCUGUCGACCUCUAUCUCGCGGUGUACCCGGGUCUGAUCCUUCUCAACCUUGGCAUCAAGAGGAACAAGAAGAUUGCCCUGACCGUUGCCUUGGGGCUUGGCUGCAUAUCAACUGGCGUCGCCAUCUUCAAGUGCACGCGCCUACCGUUGUUGGCUGCCAAGGACUUUUCCUGGGAAACCGCCGAGCUCGUCGUCAUAAACAUGUAA